AUGGAGAAGAAACAUCCUGGUGAUGGUCCAUCUGAACGCUGUCAAAAGGAUCGGCAGACAGAGCGGUCUUGGGCUUCCCUUUCAGUCGUCCCUAAACCCGGGAUGUUUCGUCUUGCUCUGCUGCUUUUCCUUCAUGAGGUGGCCGUGCAAUGUAGCGGCAGCGAGGCGCCUCAGAUGCUGGACGUCGUGGUGGAGCGCUACCACAUGCCCAAACGAUGCCCCCGCGAAGUCCAAACGGAGGACUUUGUCCGGUACCACUUCAACGGAACUUUCCAGUCCAACGGCAAACUCUUUGACUCGAGUCACGUCCGACGUAAGGCGUAUGUCAGUCAGGUGGGAGUGGGUCGUCUGAUCCACGGAAUGGACCGCGGCCUAUUGGGCGCCUGCGUCAACGAGCGCCGUCGCGUCAUCGUCCCGCCGCACCUGGCCUACGGGAGCGUGGGAACAGGUGGCGUGAUCCCGCCGGACGCUAUCUUGGUGUACGACCUUCUGCUGCUGGACAUUUGGAACUCUCAGGACAAAAUUGAAAUCCGUACGCUCAGCAAACCCAAACGAUGUGCCCGCGCUGCCGCCGCCUCCGAUUUCGUGCGCUACCACUACAACGGCACCUUGCUCUCCGGGGAGACCUUUCUCUCCAGCCACACUAAGAACGCGACGUACGACACGUACUUGGGCAAAGGUGACCUGAUCGAGGGCAUGGAGCAAGGCCUGCUGGGAAUGUGCGUCGCAGAAAGACGAGUUGUCAUUAUUCCGCCGUUUUUGGCCUAUGGAGAGAAAGGACACGGAAAGGCAGUGCCCCCUCAGGCUACGCUGGUGUUUGAGGUUCUGAUGGUGGAUGUGUUCAACCCAAAAGAUGACCUCGUGUCGGAAGUCCUGGAGGUUCCGGAAGGCUGCGAGCGCCGCAGCGUCGCAGAGGACUUCAUGCGCUACCACUACAACGGGACCUUCCAGGACGGCACCGCCUUUGACUCCAGCUACCGGAGGAACAGUACGUACAACACCUACAUAGGUCAAGGUUACGUCAUCGCUGGCGUAGAUCGAGCCCUGCAGGGUCUGUGCAUGGGUGAGAAGAGGAAGGUGGUGGUCCCGCCUCACCUGGCAUACGGAGGAGAAGGUGUCCGCGAUCUGAUCCCCGGAUCGGCUGUGCUAGUGUUCCACAUCCACGUGCUGGACUUCCACCAUCCCGACGACCCGGUGGAUGUAAAAGUUGUCCGCCGGGCGGAGGGCUGCGGGCCCGUCAGCCAAGAGGACGACUGGCUCCGCUACCGCUACAACUGCUCGCUGAUGGACGGCACGCUCCUGUACUCCUCGGACCAGUACGACUCCCCGUCCGUCACCACGCUGGGAGCCAACGAGGUCAUCCCGGGUCUGGAGCAAGGCUUGAUGGGCAUGUGCGUGGGCGAGGCCCGGGAGGUGGUGGUCCCACCGCACUGGGCUCACGGGGAAAAUGGAGCUGGCGUGGUUCCUGGCAGCGCGGUGCUCUUUUUCCAGUUGGAGCUUUUGGAGCUCCAAAAAGGUGUGCCCAAGGGUUUCAUGUUUGUGUGGACGGGGGACCCACCAGAGCCACUCUUCCCCGCCAUGGACCUGGACGGCGACAGCCAGGUUCCCCUAAAUGAGUUUACCGACUUCAUCACGCAGCAGGUGCAGCUAGGCAAGGGGCGCCUGAGACCUGGCAUUCCGCCCGACGACAUCAUCCGGGACAUGUUCAACAGUCAGGACCUGGACAAGGAUGGAAAGAUCGUCGCAGCGGAGGUGACACCGCAAACGGAGCAUCGGGACGAGUUGUAA